CUGGAGCGGCGAACACAAAAGGGCUUCUAAAAGGCUCCCUGCCCUUUCCCCCGUCCGCGCUGGCUGCCAGGUCAGCGAUGCACCCGGUGAUAAUCUCAGCCCGGCCUCACAGAGGUCCACCCGAGCCAGGGCUGUAAUGGCAGCUGGGUGGCUCGUGCAAGAGGAGGAAGAGCUUCCACGGAGAUGUGGUCAGUGCCACGGGCGCUUGCCGCUGGACGCAGAGCUGCAGGAAGGGCGAAGCAAGCUGAUGCCACCCAUGUGCACUAGAUGAGGGCGCAGCAGUGGAGCAAGAGAAGGCAGGCAGGGCUGGCAGGUGGAGGGGAAGAAGGCACGUGCAGUUGGGCUGUCACGUCCCAGCCUCCAGGCAGGUGAGGACGAUGCUAAGUCACACCUUGGAAGGCACCGCGGCUUCUGCUGCUGCGGUCCAGGUGCGCGGAGCGGGUCGGUGCUUGGGACAUCCUGCGGCCAAGCUGGGAAGGACACGUGCCCUCCGCGCAUGGGAGGUGCAGAACUGCCCUUACUUUUUAUUGUGCGUGGGGCAGCAAGGCAGCAGGAGGCUCUGGAAGGGGACUCGUGGCCUGUCUCUGCCCUGCAGGGCACUGCCCAGCCCACAGCAAAAUGCUGCCACCCCCGCUGCUCGCCCAGGGGACUCGUGCCAGUGCUUUGCACCAGAUGAUUGUGCUUGUUGCUCACACAGGCCUUUGCACGCUCACUUGCCCACAGGGACACUGCAUGGGGCAGGUCAAAGGUGCUCCCCGGGCCGAGUCCUGACCCCCUUGCUGUGUUCAUUCUCUGCAAGGAGGGAGUCCGUAGGCUGUGGGGGUACAGCAGCUCACGCCCUAUCCCCUGCCAAGCAUGCAAACCCACUGCCUGCCUUUGCAGCCGUGCAUGCACACGCACCCCCCCCCGCUUGCAUGCCCACGCACGCCUGCCUGAAGCUGGCGCGCGCUUUGCCGAUGACAACUCCCAGGACGUGCCGGCGCUGCUGCUGGCUCCCAUCUGCUGCGCCAGGCUCUCAGCUGCUGCACGGCUCCGCGCUGUCACUCAGGACAUUCGUUCCAAAGGCAGCGGGAGCACAGGCAGCUCGGGUCUGGCGCGCGCUCCCGUCUCAGGCCAGGGCAGGGUGAAGGGCAGCCAGAGAGCUCGCAGCCUAUGUCCCAUGGCUUGUCUCCUAUAGUGCCCUGUGGCACUGGCAUGGCCAUUCUCGCCCAGAGACCCGGACCGAAACCUCAGGGAUCUCCACUGCUGCAGAAGGAUGAUGCUCCCGGCCACGUGCCUCCGACCCCCAUCUCUCCGCGGCACAGACCAGGCUCCAGGCCGGGGCAAAGGACGACCUUGCUGCAGCUGAGCCAACCGAUCGGCCCCACUGGGCAGCCGCCGGGGAUCUGCUGCAGGCUCUAGCGUGGCUCUGCAGCUCUUGCCCCAUCCACGCUGCGUGGACCCAGGAGGAGCAUGGCAGCCGGGAUCCGGUCUUCCCUGCGGCGGAGCAGUUGCUGUCUGCUUUAGCCAGCGCAGCAGAGCUCCCGGCAGGCCGCUGACAGCUCUGGGUGCAGAAAGAGCAGAGAACGGCUCUCGCAUCUCGCAAGGAGACCACGGGGCUUGCUCCCUCCGGCCAAGGGGGACGAGAGAAACGGCCGGGCACCGUGGAAUAAAGCCAUCCAGGCUGCCUGGGCGAGGGGCAGCUGGGCUGGCCGUGAGACCCCGGCCUCUCCCAGCUCCGAGGGCUCCAUCGGCACGGACCGCCUGCGUUGUAUCAUGGUGACGGCAGCGGGGUGGCAGCUGACAGCCCAGCACAUGGCGGGGGAUUGAUUUUGCAGCCAUGGAAGCAGAGGGAAAAACACGCUGCGAAAGCCAUCACCCAGCUCCUGCAAAACCCACCAGCUUGGGUCCGACCCGGCCCCGUUCGCCUUGCCGCGCUUGGCGCUGCCUCCUGACUUCCACCCUGUCGGGGGGCAGCGAUUUUAAACAAUUUCGUUUUUUUCAACAAAACCCCAAAACACAACCCCCUUCGCCCCCUGCAGUUUUCAGUAUUUUGGGGGGUCCGAACCAGGCCCUUCCCACAUCCAGGUAUUCUCUGCGUCGUUUUCCACAAGCGGUGUUAAAACACGCAGUGGCCUCGACCGCAGCAAGGCGGGGGCGUCUGGCUCCUCCCCGGCUCCCGUGCAAACCCUGUCCCUUGUCUGAGGCAGGACGGGCACACUGUUGCCUGUCCUGACUGGGACUGCAGGUUGGUAGUAAUGCAGCCGCAUGCAUGGUCCAGGGUCGAGGCGAUGCUCGGGUGCGUGUCCUGUUGCCUCCAGGAGUGCCGUGGCAGCAAGGGACUGGCAUUGCAGAGUCCUGAAGCUGGAAGGGAUCUCGUGGGCCAUCUGGGCCAGGCUGGAUGAGACAGCAAGGUCUUUGGGGGAGCCCUGAUAACGCUCGGCUCUGCAUCGGGAAGGCCUGCAGCUCCAUGCACCUCCCGGGGGAGCUGGGAGUGCAGCUCUCAGCUCCCCCUUUGCCCUAUUCCCUGCACUUCUCCAGGGACCUGCCAGGGCCAGGGCAUGCUGCUGACUGCAGGGACCUUCCUCAGAGUGGCGUUGGGUGCUGUCUGCAUUGGCUGGGGACCGAGCCGUGCCAGUGCACUUGCUGGGACUCAGACCUGGAGGGUCCCCGGGCCAGAGCGAUGCUGCGUUGGGGCCAGGAAGGGAUUUCCCCCUGCUCAGAUUGGUAUGGACGGGGGCUUUGCCUUCCUCUGCAGCCUCCACCUGGGAUCACCCUGAGCGUGUAUUAAAGACCUCUAUACAAGCAGGACGUGACCCCCCUGCUUUACCAGGGGCAGGCUCGGGUGUGAUGUCCGGUGCGGUGGCAGGGCCGACCGUUUGGUUUUGCUCCGAGGUUGGACAGUGGAUGUGUCUGGGGUGGUUUGCACAGGGCUGGUCCUGCCUCCGGCAGGGGCUGGACUAGAUAUGACCUCCACCAGCCCCGCUGCUCUAGGAUGUUAGGGUCAAGCAGGGGCUGCAGAUGUGUCCUGUGCAUGCAGCCACAUCUGGGGUUCAGCACCGUGUCCUGCCACUGCCUCCUCUCGCGGGUCUCAGCCCCGUGCUCAGCCCCGGGCCGUGCUUACAAGGGGCUCACGAGCCGUUGAGGCGUCCGCCCUCCCCCUUGCCGGCCUCCCCAUGCUGAUUUAUAACGGGGAGAGCCCGUGUGCCUUGGCCGGCGCUCAGCUGGGGAUGGCGAGGAGAGGGCUGCCCCGCGCCCGAGACACCGGCCCUGGCGCCCGGCCAGCCCCUCUCCACACACGCAGCCCUUUGUCUGGGGGAGCCUUCGCCAGACAUGGAAACGGACCCCAGCCUGAGCACCGAGGGGGGCCCCGUGAAGUCGGGGAGAGGGAGACAAGGCAUCUACUGUCUGGGAAACUAAUUAGCCUUCCUGGAACAGCGCGCGGCUGCACGCACGCCGGGUGCCUCGGGCCGGGGCUUGGGCUGGGCUCAUCCUCUUGGGCCCUCUCAUCGCCCCACCGAGGGGUCGGGGGGUCUUGUGCUGCCUCAUUGCAGCCCCUCGGCAGCACCCAGCAGGUCGGUCCACGGAGCCGGCUGCAUCUCCCGGCCGUGGUGGCCCCCGUGCGUGGAUGCCGUGGCUCUGCUGCCAUCUCGGGCUGCGGGCCCUGCGCCCGGGUGCAGCCUGCUCCCUCGCCUGCUGCAAAGCUCGUUAGCGGGGGCAAGAGGGAGCUCUGAUAAGGAGCUGCCAGGGGGCCGCAGCACCCGGGGGUGCCUCGAGAGCCUUGCAGGGGUGCCGUGGUGCUAGGUGAGCAACCAUGCUUCCCAAGAUAAACCCAGAAUCCAGCGGGUGAAAAACAUCCCGACCUGCCGGGAUCGAUCUGAGCUCUGCACAGCAGAAAAAUGACCCUGGCAUUUCUCUGAAGAUAAAAACUGAGCAAAGACUAGGAGCCGUUGUGUUUGGAGGUUGGCUUGAGUCUAAAAAGGUUAAGAACCAGUGAUGUGGAACGAGGAUGGGCCGUGUCCUUUGUACGCGAUUCACCCAGACCGGGCCGUGCUUGGGAACCGUUUGCACCAUGCCCCUGGCCCGUCGCUGCUGGAGAGAGCUUGAGCGAGCGUGGCUUCAGCUUCCUGCUGCAAGGGGCAGGGCUCCCGUGAAGUCGCUGCACCAGGCCUGAUAGCAUCUCACCGUUGAUAAAAGCUCGGCUUUAUUUAGCCUGGACAAUGUCCUCGCGCAGGGUUCAAUUAAUCUCACGACAGUUGCGGCGGAUUAAGGAUGCCCGGUCGAUGAGCGGCUGUCCUCUGGGCCAGGGCGGGCGUGCGCCCCCGAGCCAUCCUGAUCCUAUAAAGGCAGCGAGCCGUCCAGGAGACCCGGGCGGCCUGGAGCUCGGGGCGCUAGCGGCAGGCUUGCCUUCUUUGGCUGCCCCGGGCCUCGGGCAGCGCCGUGCGGGCAUGGGGCGCUGACGGAUCAGCGCAGCUGCCGGCGCACUUGUGGCCACCCAUCAAAGCCCGGCGCAUCCUCCCUGGCAGAGGAGGGCGAGAGAUGGAGCUGGCAGCAGCUGAUCGAAGCGCCAGGUGCUCUCCCUGCCUGGCCUGUUUACUUCCCCCCAUCAGACCCUGGGGAAACAGCAGCUCCUUCUCACCAGCCCUGCAGAGAUGCUGAGAAAAAGGCUGCCCCUUGCCAUCCCGCUGGGGUCAUCCUGGGAGAUCCCAGGGCACCGAGCCCUGGCUGCCUCGGUUGGGACCAGCAAGCACAACCAGCUUUGGGCAGCGUGGGGACGCGGGGCCAGGGCAGGGACGGUGCCGUCUAGGCGGUGGUAGCUAAGCAAGAGAAAGAGAUAGUAAAAUGGGGCCUUUCACCCCUUUGCUUUCUCUUCUCCAUGCGGCAAGCCGGAAACUAGGAAAUCUCAACCUUUGGAACCGGGUUCUGCUCCAAAACCGAACAGAGCCGCGGCCUCCAAAAUUCCCCGAAGCAUCCCUUUUUUGGGGUGGGGGGAGCAUUAUGUCAUCCACCGAAAUGCCCCAGUUUGAUCACAUCAAACUGAAACCCUUCGUUUCCACCCCAGCUUCUUGCUGGACUAACGUGGAGGAGCUGAAACGAGAGGCCAGAGCGUUCCCAUCGGGGAAGCCCGGGCCGAGCGGUCUUGAAACGCUUCCUUCCACUUGGGAAAGCAAAGCUAUGCGGCAGCAACAUGUUACAGCCGAAAGUUCACAUUUCAGCCGGACUCCAAGACACGGCGUCAGCCGACGGCGCAUCAUCCCCUUGGGAGGCUGCCAGGCAUCCCCCAUUCGGGAGCGUCACAUUAGGGGCAGGAGAUGGGGGAGGACGAGGAAUAUUACUGCCAGGGAUCCCAAGAAGACCUGCCUGAUGCAUGCUGCUUUACCAAAUGCUCCAGCUCCUGGAGUCUUGUGAUGGCGUGAGCGUGUUUUACCCCCAAACUGGGGUUGGUCUGCUUGUUCCAGAGGAGAGCAGGAAAACGUUUGGUCCUGGUGACCCCAGAGGACUCAGAGGCUGCAAGGCAAAGAGAGGGAGCCCCACAUUUCACAUCAUAUAGAUUGGGGGGUCCGGAGUCCUGGUUUUGGGGUGGCUUGGUGGCACGCUCGGGCGACGGGGGACUGCUCCAGUGCGUGUCUGCACCAGGCGCUCGGCGGUACGGAUAACGCCAGGGCGAUUUACAGCCUGUGAACAAUCCUUGCCCGUCACUGCAAUUACCGCAGCUCCGCGUGGCCUCCGUGGGAAAGGGCCGCGCAUUCCAGCCGGCCGCCCCGGGGGGAUUUGGCUUCCUUGAGAACUGGCAGGUGCCCAGAUCGGCGUGGGGACGGGCUUUCAGCGAAGAUCUCCCCCAUCCUGCCGUCUGCAUGCGUGACGUGUCUGUCAGCAGCCUGGCCCCACGUGUCGGGAGGAGGGAGGGGGUGCUUGCACUGCAUAUACCCCCAGAUGCACGUCCCAGCAGAGAUAACGCAGAGAAGACGGCAGCCACGAUGCCCGACUCACCGGCCGACGUGAAGACUCAGUCCAGAGCGACGCCACCCAACAUGCCUCCUCCUCCGCCGGCCGUCACGCAGGGCGCCACGCGGCACCCCUCCUUCACGCCAAACACCAAUCGAGAAGCCGGGCCCCCGACGUUUCUGCCCCGCGGCCGUUUUCAGGGUUGCUUGAAAUGGUCGAUGGUCUGUCUCUUAAUGAACGGAAGCAGCCACUCCCCCACGGCCAUCAACGGAGCACCCUCGACCCCCAACGGGUUCAGCAACGGGCCGGCCACCUCCUCCACGGCCUCCCUGUCCAACCAUCAGCUGCCCCCGGCCUGCGGCGCCCGCCAGCUCAGCAAGCUCAAGCGCUUCCUGACCACCCUGCAGCAGUUCGGCAACGACAUCUCCCCGGAGAUCGGGGAGCGCGUCCGCACCCUGGUGCUGGGGCUGGUGAACUCCACGCUGACCAUCGAGGAGUUCCACUCCAAGCUCCAGGAGGCCACCAACUUCCCGCUGCGCCCCUUCGUCAUCCCCUUCCUGAAGGCCAACCUGCCCCUGCUGCAGCGUGAGCUCCUGCACUGCGCCCGCAUGGCCAAGCAGACCCCAGCCCAGUACCUGGCCCAGCACGAGCAGCUGCUGCUGGACGCCAACGCCUCGUCCCCCAUUGACUCCUCUGAGCUGCUGCUGGAGGUCAACGAGACGGGCAAGAGGAGGACGCCAGACAGGACCAAAGAGAACGGCGUGGACCGCAACCCCCUGCACCCCGAGCACCUCAGCAAGAGGCCGUGCACGAUGAGCCCAGCCCAGCGGUACAGCCCCAGCAACGGGCUGAGCCACCAGCCCAAUGGGCUGCCCCACGCCGCACCCCAGCUGCCCCAGCACUACCGCCUGGAGGACAUGGCCAUGGCCCACCACUACCGCGAUGCCUACCGGCACCCCGACCCCCGCGAGCUCCGUGAGCGCCACCGGCAAGCGGCUGUGCAUGGCGCCCGCCAGGAGGAGGUGAUCGACCACCGGCUGACCGACCGGGAGUGGGCCGAGGAGUGGAAGCACCUCAACAAUCUGCUCAACUGCAUCAUGGACAUGGUAGAGAAGACGCGGCGGUCGCUGACCGUGCUGCGUCGCUGCCAGGAGGCCGACCGCGAGGAGCUCAACCACUGGAUCCGCCGCUACAGCGACGCCGAGGACAUGAAGAAGGGCGCCAGCCCCGCCGCCCGCCCCCACAACAGCUCCUCCGCCCCCGAGCCACCCCAGUUAGACGCUCACCGUGAGUUCGUGCCCAGGCCCCUCUCUGGUUACAUGCCCGAGGAGAUCUGGAGGAAAGCUGAAGAAGCCGUGAACGAGGUGAAGCGUCAGGCCAUGUCCGAGCUCCAGAAGGCUGUGUCGGACGCCGAGCGCAAGGCCCACGAGCUCAUCACCACCGAGCGGGCCAAGAUGGAGCGGGCGCUGGCGGAGGCGAAGCGCCAGGCAUCAGAGGACGCGCUCACCGUCAUCAACCAGCAGGAAGACUCCAGUGAGAGCUGCUGGAACUGCGGGCGCAAGGCGAGCGAGACCUGCAGCGGCUGCAACACGGCGCGUUACUGCGGGUCUUUCUGCCAGCACAAGGAUUGGGAGAAACACCACCACGUCUGUGGGCAGACUCUGCAGGGCCUCCAGGCUCCGGCCGGCGCGGCCCCCUCUGCUGGGGUGGGCUUGGGGGUGGCCGCUGCUCAGCCGGACGUGGUCGCCGUCACCCCCUCCAUCACCAGUGUGGCCAUCGCGGCGAGCCCCAGCGAGACGGGCUCGUCCGCCGCGUCACGCUCCGGCACACCGGCCACUCCGGCGCCUCUGGAAGCCACGUCCCGCUAAGUGACCUGGCCAUCGCCUGACUGACCAACAGAGGGGAAAGAAACAGAGGAAUCUACAAACCGUCACUGCUGCUACUGCUUCUCUCCAAAAGAAAACCAGACUGCAUUCAAUGCAACCUCCUCAGCUACCUGACUCAUGUUUGACCUCCAAAACGACCUCUCGAAUUCACAUAUAAUCCUCACGGAUCCUCACACUGGGCUUUAAAGUGGAGUUACGGCAAAUACCAAUCUUCUCCGUUCUCUCUUCGGUUCUUUUGGGUUUCUUUUCUCAGUAUGAUUUGGGGGAUGAUUAUCGUCGUCGUCGGUUUUUUCUUUUCUUCUUCCUUUUGUUUUUUCGGAUGUGGGAUUUGUCUGCCAACUCGACACCUCUCGCCUCGGGGAGCGGGAGCCCUUCGGUCUCUGUCCCGCUGGAGACGCGUGGGCACGUGCGUGCGUGCGGGUAUGGAUGUGCACCAAACAGCUCUCUCGGCCUGGCCGGGGGGGAACGGCGUGACAAAGGAUUUCGGUUUCGGAAGGCAAGAAACUUCUUUUCGUCGUCUUUUUUUUUUUUUUUUUUUUUUUUUUUAAAAAAAAAAAAAAAAAAAGGAUAGAAAAUUAAAAAAAAAAAAGGAAAAAACCGUCAAACUCUUUGGCUUUAAGUAAAAACAGAAAAAAAAAAGAAAAAGGAAAAAUCCCAAAAAAACAAACCAAGCGAAGUAAAACCAAGUGAAGGAAGCUCACCUGUAAACUACCUUGCUAGCUAGCCAA